ACAGCACAAGCCCUAUAUCAUAUAUCACAUCUUUCAUCUCUGAAUAUGCGACAGUUGAGACCGAGUUUUACGACACGCUGGAGGUCGCAUAUGACGCCACACCCGCUCAGAUCAAGAAGGCGUACUACAAAAAGGCACAGAGCACACAUCCUGACAAAAACCCUGGGGAUGAAACAGCCGCGGCAAAAUUCCAAAUGGUAUGCAUGCUCUUGGGUCUUGGUUCAUGUGGGACACCACACAUCCUGUUUACUGCUGUGGUUGGCAUUGUUCUGGGAAGCUCAUAG